CUAUGUAACAAUAUCUGUGAUUGACAGGUAAAUCACACAAUCCAUACGCGUGGCCCCGCCCUCUUGUGGCCGCUCUUGACUAACUGACCAAUAGUGCUUCUCUGGAGGCGGGCCCGCGCCUGUAAACCCCGCCCCUCCGCGGGACCGAGCGAGCGGAGCUUGUUUUCCUCUCGGGGAGAGAUUUCCACUUUUUCUGCCUCUUGCUCUGUUUCAACUGUUUGUUUUAAAAAAGAAAUAAUAAACUCCUCCAUAAGCUGCUCCGCUCCGCCCGGUGUCUUCCUCUCCAGGGCAGCAGCUCACUCAUAACGGAUUAUUAACCCGAUCUUCAGCUCGCUGUUUGGGAGAGAGGGUCUCUCAGCUCUCAUGAGUAUGAGUUCAUAAUGAAGCGGCGACUGGAGGAUCAGGAAACAGUUUUUGCCUCCCAGCAGCGGCGCCUCGCUGGCAACACGGACGCCUUCCAGCACCGUGUCCUGGCCCCCCGCUCCGCCCCGGCUCCGGCUGUUUAUGAGGCCGUGUCCGACAACAUGCAGCCCACGCCAGGCGUCCAGUACUCCGUCCCCCAGGGAUACCAGGUUUCCGCCGUGGCCCAGAACAGCGGCGGGCACGGCCACGCUCCGAGCCCGGCCGUCCACGGCGGCGCCCACCACCACGGCCCGGCGGUCCAGUCCCACGGACCCUCGGUGAUGGCGGGGCACGGCCACACGGCGGCUCCUCAGGCCUCGGCUCAGGGCCAGCAGUUCCAGAGGCUCAAGGUGGAAGAUGCUUUGUCUUACUUGGAUCAAGUGAAACUGCAGUUCGGCAACCAGCCUCAGGUCUACAACGACUUUCUUGACAUCAUGAAGGAGUUCAAGUCUCAAAGUAUUGACACUCCCGGGGUCAUCAGCAGAGUGUCGCAGCUCUUCAAGGGUCACCCCGACCUCAUCAUGGGCUUUAACACUUUCCUGCCGCCGGGCUACAAGAUCGAGGUCCAGACCAACGACCUGGUCAACGUGACCACGCCGGGUCAGAUCCACCACAUCACCCCGCACGGGAUCUCAGUCCAGAACAUCCCCAUCACAGGAGCAGCUAGCCAGCAUCCGCCCCCGCUGCCGUCUGCCGCCGCCACCACCACCGCCACCGCCCCGUCCCUCCUGACGCAGCCCGCCCCCGCCAAGAUGAGCAAGCCUCUCCAGCCGCCGGCGUUGACCCCGAGCAGUCAGAGCAACCCGUCCAUCCCCGCCUACACCUCUCCUCGCUCCCCGCCCAUGCAGCUCCACCAGCCACUCAGCGGGACGCCCGCUGGGCCGCCGCUGCAGAACAACCAGCCGGUGGAGUUCAACCACGCCAUCAACUACGUCAACAAGAUCAAGAACCGCUUCCAGGGCCAGCCCGACAUCUACAAAGCCUUCCUGGAGAUCCUCCACACGUACCAGAAGGAGCAGCGUAACGCUAAGGAGGCUGGGGGGAACUACACGCCGGCCCUGACGGAGCAGGAGGUCUACGCUCAGGUGGCUCGGCUCUUCAAGAACCAGGAGGACCUGCUGUCAGAGUUCGGACAGUUCCUCCCCGACGCCAACAGCUCUGUGCUGCUCAGUAAGACCACAGCCGAGAAGGCCGAGUCGGUACGGAACGACCACGGAGGAACCGCCAAGAAGCUGCAGCUCAACAACAAGCUGAGGCCCAAUCAGAACGGCUGCCAGAUCCGGCGCCAUCCCACCCCCGGCGCCACGCCCCCCGUCAAGAAGAAGCUGAAGUUGAUGAAUCUGAAGGAUUCGUCGGUGGCCGAGGCCAGCAAGCACGGAGCGGGGACAGAAUCGCUCUUCUUUGAGAAGGUUCGUAAAGCUCUGCGAAGUGCCGAAGCCUACGACAACUUCCUGCGCUGCCUGGUGAUCUUCAACCAGGAGGUGAUCUCCAGGGCCGAGCUGGUGCAGCUGGUGCUGCCGUUCCUGGGGAAGUUCCCGGAGCUGUUCAACUGGUUUAAGAACUUCCUGGGAUAUCGGGAAAUGUCGCACAUGGAAACGUAUCCGAAGGAGCGGGCCACGGAGGGCAUCGCCAUGGAGAUCGACUAUGCGUCCUGUAAGCGUCUGGGCUCCAGUUACAGAGCGCUGCCCAAGAGCUACCAGCAGCCCAAGUGCACCGGCAGGACGCCGCUCUGUAAAGAGGUGUUAAACGACACCUGGGUCUCCUUCCCCUCCUGGUCCGAGGACUCCACCUUCGUCAGCUCCAAGAAGACUCAGUACGAGGAGCACAUCUACCGCUGUGAGGACGAGCGCUUCGAGCUGGACGUGGUGCUGGAGACCAACCUGGCCACCGUGCGGGUCCUGGAGACGGUCCAGAGGAAACUGUCCCGUAUGUCGGCCGAGGAGCAGGCCAAGUUCCGCCUGGACAACUCGCUGGGCGGCGCCUCGGAGGUCGUCCACCGCAAAGCCAUCCAGAGGAUAUACGGAGACAAGGCGCCCGACAUCAUCGACGGCCUGAAGAAGAACCCCGCCGCGUCCGUCCCCAUCGUCCUCAAGAGAUUAAAGACGAAGGAUGAAGAGUGGCGGGAAGCCCAGCGAGGCUUCAACAAGAUCUGGAGGGAGCAGAACGAGAAGUAUUACCUCAAGUCUCUGGACCAUCAAGGCAUCAACUUCAAACAGAACGACACCAAAGUGCUUCGCUCCAAGUCGCUGCUGAACGAAAUCGAAAGCCUUUAUGACGAGCGACAGGAGCAGGCGUCUGAAGAGAACGCCACGGCGCCGGCCGGCCCUCACCUGACGCUGGCGUACGAGGACAGCCAGAUCCUGGAGGACGCGGCGGCGCUCAUCAUCCACCACGUGAAGCGCCAGACCAGCAUCCAGAAGGACGACAAGUACAAGAUCAAACAGAUCGUCCACCACUUCAUCCCCGACAUGCUGUUCGCUCAGCGUGGCGAGCUCUCCGACCUGGAGGAGGAGGAGGAGGAGGAAGAAGAGGAGGAGAUGGAUCUGGAGGACGGCGCCGCCACCACUGCCUCCAAGAAGCACAACGGCGUCCCAGGCGCCGGGAGCCCGUCCAAGUCCAAGCUGCUGUUCAGCAACACGGCGGCCCAGAAGCUUCGUAGCGGCGCCGACGACGCCUACAACCUCUUCUACGUCAACAACAACUGGUACAUCUUCCUGCGGCUGCACCAGACGCUCUGCUCGCGCCUCCUCCGCCUCUACGGCCAGGCCGAGCGCCAGAUCGAAGACGAGGUCCGGGAGCGGGACUGGGAGCGGGAAGUCCUCGGGCUGAAGAAGGAGAAGAACGACAACCCGGCCGUCCAGCUGCGCCUCAAGGAGCCCAUGGACAUCGAGGUGGAGGAUUACUACUCGGCCUUCCUGGAGAUGGUCAGAAACCUGCUGGACGGGAACAUGGAGGCGUCUCAGUACGAAGACUCUCUGAGGGAGAUGUUCACCAUCCACGCCUUCAUCGGCUUCACCAUGGACAAACUCAUCCAGAGCAUCGUCCGCCAGCUGCAGCACAUCGUGAGCGAUGAGAUCUGCGUGCAGGUGACGGACCUCUACCUCUCUGAGAGCGCUAACGGCGCCAGCGGAGGAACGGCGUCCACGCAGACGACCCGGAGCUCCGCCGAGGCCUCGUACCAGCGCCGAGCAGAGCAGCUCAUGUCUGACGAGAACUGCUUCAAGAUGGUGUUUUCGAGGAGCCGAGGGCCGGUGCAGCUGACGGUGGAGCUGCUGGACAGCGAGGAGGAGAACUCAGAUGAGCCCAUGGAGGCCGAGCGUUGGUCUGAUUAUGUUGGACGUUACUUAAACCCAGAUUCCACCACGCCGGAGCUGAGGGAGCACCUCGCUCAGAAGCCCGUCUUCCUGCCCAGGAAUCUGAGGCGGAUCAGGAAGUACCAGAAGGGGCGGGAGCAGCUGGACAAGGAGGCCUGCGAGGGCGGCAAGAAGUCCCUGGAGAAGGAGAAGAUGGAGUGCAUGUUCAAACUCAACUCCUACAAGAUGGUCUACGUGUUCAAGUCUGAGGAUUACAUGUACAGACGCACCGCCCUGCUGAGAGCUCACCAGUCACACGAGCGUGUUAGCACGCGGCUGCACCGGCGCUUCCAGGCCUGGGUCGACUCGUGGGCCAAGGAGCACGUGACCCGCGACAUGGGCGCCGACACCAACCGGUGGCUGAUGGGCGAGACGCGGGACGGGCUGGUCCCCUGCACCACCAGCCGCCAGCCGGAGAUCCUCCACUACGUCAACAUCAACAAGUACCGCGUGAAAUACGGGCCGCCCAGCAAGGCGCCGUAGCCCAGGGACUGAUACGUGUUCAGGUCAGACAGGUCUGGAGUCGAGGUAGGGGCGGGGCUCGUUCAUGUGUUUUUAAGGCUGAUACGGAGCGCCAUUAAGCUCGCCGCCGUGUGUGUUGCACGCCGGGGCGGCGGGAUACUGAUUUUACCAGCGUUUUUAGCUGGGCCCAUUUUUUCGCAGGGCCUUUGGUGCCAAAACUUAGGAAGUCAGGAAGCAGCAGACCCGAGCUCACACCAGCACUGAGAGAGAGAGAGAGUGGUGCUUUUUGUACGUUAUCACACAGCCGAGCUUCGGUUUAGAUUUCAAACCGAACAUUCUGCGUUUCCCCGGCGAGCGAGAGCGCCAUCGAACCAUCAACCACCCGGGAGAGUGUUCUGGUGGACAAAGUGCACUUAUUCUGAAGAGUGAAGGUCCACGUUGACCUGCUGACAUUCCUGCGCCGAUUCUGAACCUGAACAAGAGUUACUUUCUGUUUCUGAAACACAUGGCAGCAUUAUUAGACUGUGGCUGAGCCCGGACACAGCUGCAAACAGCUGCAGCUGUUUACAGUGUAAACACCUGCAGCUGUU